ACUAAUAAUGAUGCCGAUGACACACAGCCUGACGUGGAUAAGCCGGAUGACAAAGAGGGAGAAGGGGACGAGGGAGAAGCGCUGAUAAGUGAGCAAACGAAAUCAAACGGGCCGGCUGAGAGCAAAUCACCGAGCUUUAUCAUUGGGAAGAAAGGCGUUCGCUAUACCAAACACUGUGCCUUCAGCAUUCAACCGCAAAACUAUCCAGAUGCAAUUAAUAAUUCGCAUUUCCCUUGUCCCAUCUUACGACCUGGCCAAUUCUAUUGCCAUGAUAUAACUUAUAAAUUUGGUAUCCAAUUGGCCAAUUGUAUGUGA